AUGGCCGCAAUCACCUGCACCAGUGGAACAUCUCUUCUCGCACGAGCUCCUCUUCGAAGAACACGUCUACCGAGUCUUACACGAAAGAGCCCACCGUGGCAGCAGCUUCGCUGGAGCUCACAUGCGCCGACAUCUCCCUCACUCCUGGCUCGAGGCCAGAAGCCUGUCACUAUCCAGACUCUGCGAAAGAUGUAUGGGGAGAAAAGCCCCAUAACAAUGUUGACGGCACAUAAUUUUCCUUCUGCGCUGAUGGCACAGGAGGCUGGAAUGGACGUGAUCUUGGUGGGCGAUUCGCUUGCAAUGGUCUCUCUCGGCAUGUCAGACACGUCCGAAGUCACACUCGACGAAAUGAUCGUGUCAGCUCGAGCGGUCAGCCGCGCAGUCACCCGGUCGUUCACCGUUGGAGAUCUACCCAUGGGUUCCUACGAGAUCAACCCAGAACAGGCUCUCGCCAGCGCAAUCCGAAUGGUCAAAGAAGGUCGAAUGCAGAGUGUCAAACUUGAAGGCGGAGCGGAGAUGGCGCCUGCGAUCAGGAAGAUCACAACCGCAGGCAUACCGGUGUGUGCACACAUUGGUCUGACCCCACAACGACAGCAUGCUCUUGGUGGAUUUCGCGUCCAGGGCAAUACGCUCGACAAAGCCAUGUCUCUGCUUGCGGAUGCCAAAGCGGUACAGGAGGCCGGAGCUUUCGCCGUCGUUCUGGAAUGCGUUCCACCUGAUAUUGCGGAAGAAGUGACGGGUGCGCUGAAAAUACCCACGAUUGGUAUCGGCGCCGGAAACAAAACUAGUGGCCAAGUCCUAGUACAAGACGACAUGCUUGGGGUUCGACCUGCGGACUCCUUCCUGCCCAAGUUCGUCAAGAAGUAUGGGUCAAUAUGGGACGCCGGCUUAGCUGCCAUAAAGCAGUAUAAAGACGAAGUGGCCGACCGAAGUUACCCAGGUCCCCAGCACGUAUACAAGGGCGACGCAAAGGUAACUGCGGCAUUCAAAGCUGCCAUCGGGGCGGGCGAGGCAUAG